AGCUGAGAUGUCCCUGGAGGACAUAGAACAACAAGACUAUGAUGUUUCUGACACUGAGAGAGUCAGAGCCUUGUCCCAGUCUCUAGACCUGCCUGUCUGUGUGGUGGAUGACCACCUGACCUCUGAAGCUGUCAAUGAGAUGAAGCAAACCAGCACUGUGGAAACCACAGAAGAAGAGAGCCUCAACAGUGCGAGUUUUUUUCACUGAUUAUCAACUUCCUGCAGAACCUAACUGAGGAGCAAUGGAGUAGGAUUCGUAAUGGCAUUUCUGACCCGCUGACAAAACAACAGCUUGCCGGCUUGUGUCUGAGGAUUGUCCAGUUUUUAUCGGACAAGCUGAUGCAGAUCAUCAUCCCAGGUCUUUACGAACUACUGGGCAUCCAAGAUGCUGCCUCCUCUCCAUUGUCACAGAGAUCUCUCACAGCGUCACUCACCAGUCUGUUAGACGAUAAGGUUAACACCAAGUCCCGCGUGAGAUUUACUGAGGCUGGUGUACCUAAGAGGCCAGGCAGUCGAAAGUCUUACAAUAGCUUUCGCAUCCCGACUCCCUACCCUUCCUCCAACUGUAUGGAUCAGGAAGAGGAAGAAGAGCAGGAAUCACAACAACUUAAGUUCAAGGAGAUGUACCUGACUAAGGAGAUGGGCAGUCUGGGCAGUGGAAGCUACUGCCCAAAACCAUUGCCCAAGCCAGCCAUGAGAACCUCUCUGUCUGAUGUGCAGAAGAAGACAACCAACUCUGACUCGCUACAAGUCCUCUUAGGUGUCUCAGAGGACACCCUCGUCACCUGUGUGCAGGACAGCCUGCAAGGUUCUCUCUCCAAACUUGCAUGCAUGUCCAAUUCUCCAUCUGGAAGUGCAGGCUCUCCGAAGAUGACCCCUGCUGUAAUGGCAGAAGUGAUUAAAGAUGUCAAGUCGGCCGUAUCAGUGGUCGUUAAGAGUGCCUCCGCUAGCCAAACCUCUCAAGUGACACCGGUAAGGGGAGACUCACAGACCAAGGUGACUGAGAGCAUGGUGAGAGAGCUGGCUGCUAAACUUGAAAAAGUUGACCAAGAGAGCAAGAGUCUAACAGGGCAAGUCAUGACCAUGAUCUCUGACACAAUGGUGGCUUUUGUUGACGAGAACGAACAGAAUUUGCUGAAAGAUCUGAAGGACAAGAUCACGUUUUUGGCAUCGCAUGUUGGCUUCAUUGACGAUCUUGAUGCCCUGAUAAGGAAAUACGAGAGCAGCUACAACAUUGGUGAAUCUGGUUCUUCCUGCACGCUCACAUCUAAGAGCAUCCAAAAACUCUCCAGCCGGGAGUUUCAAACAUCAGCAAUACAAGCAGUGAGUGGAGUUCUUGCCAAAAAAGUCAGUAGUUUGAGCUUUCCUAGUUCAGUCGUUCAGUCUGAGUUAACAGGUGCUGUAUCAGGUCAAACAUUGUCUGGCAUUGUAAAGACAGAGUCAAUUCACCCAGUGGGCUCAGCAGCGUCAGUAGUUGUUAAGACUUUCGUGUCAGAUAUGAAGUCCUUGGCUGAAUCUGAGAGUCCCCAACAGAAGAGUGCCUGGUCUGCUGCUGUUCACAUUUACCACAGCAUCCAAAACAACUUGAAAGAUUAUUUCGGCAAGCUUCAGCGAUGUGCCUUAAAGAGCAUUGUCACAUCUGAUGAUAACAUCACAAAUGCUGAGUUUAAGGAGACAGUUCCACUUCCUUGCUUAGACAUGAAAUAUAGGCCCAGUAAGAGUGAGCCUCAGUUGCCAGAGUCCACUGGUGAAGUUACUUUACAAAGAGGCCUAAGUGAGAGCUCAAAACUAAUUUGGGCACAAACUGAGUCAGAAGAAAGCAAGCUCCUUCUGACAACUUGCACCAAAGAAGUCAUUUCAGAGCUUCUGGGAUUGUACAACACUGAGAUGUCAAAGGAGGACGCCCUGUACACUGUUGGAGAAAAAGGAUCAGGCUUCUCUAUUGAGAGACAACAAUUUGUAGAGGGUGUUCUGGCUCAGCAUGGGGAAUACUCCCAUUCCAGGGCCUCAUCACCAAUAGUAUCUGAGGUCCCCUCUCAAAUUGAGGACAGCAGAAGUAAGGCCACAGCUUCUUUGACCAGUCUGUUAGAUUGCAUGAAAAAACUCUCAAGUGAGGAAUUCAAGAGAGACACCACUCAAGCAGUGAGUGAGUUCCUAGUUAAAAAGUCCAACAGUAGCUUACCGAGUGCACAGCCUGCUUAUUCUGUAGCAUCCAGGUCUUGUUCCGUUCAAAACCAGAGAACCUUGUCAAAGGAUAUUUGUGCGGAUUCUGCUGCCUUUGGCAUCAUUGACACAUUUGUGGAAGACCUGCAGAGCUCGGCGCAACCUGCAGAAGUAGAGGAGAGAGAACCUGACCUCCAGGAAAAUGCACAAAAGCUACAGAGCAGGAUCUGGUCUGCUACCACUAGUUUAUAUAACAAUAUUCAGAAGACAUUAAAGGGCUUCACCAUUCACCGGCGGAGAUCAGACGUGCAGAGAAGAAUGUCUAGCCAUACACCCACAGAGGACUCUGGACAUCUUGUGACUAAGGAGUACCUUGGUUUGGCAAGCCAGAGCUUGACGCAAGCUAGUAAGAGUGUGCCUCACUUGCCCAGUUUGAACCAGGAAGUGACUCUACACAUGGGUGUCAGAGAGUUCAAAACUUCUCUGGACUGAAACAGAAGAGGGUCUAAUGAACAAUAGUACCAAACAGGUCAUUUCAACAAUCUUGACCUCAUGUGAGGAUCAGACAUCAAAUGCACCUUGCUUCUCCACAGUAGGAAAGAAAAUAUCUGAUAUGUCCCUUGAGGUCAACAUAUUGGUAGGUGGUGUUCUGUCUCAGCUGAAGGACAUCUCCUUGUCAAGGUCCCCAACACCAUGUGAAGACAUGUUUGAACGUCUCCAAGGUUCUACUGAGCGAACCUCUCCAGUAAGUCUAGAUUGCAGCACGGCUGCCUCCAAAGGCAUUGCAUCUUCCCACAGUCUUUCAACAAAGAGCCUCCAAAAACGUUCUAGUCAUGAGUUCCAAACCAAAGCUGAGAAAGGAGUGAGUGAGGUCAUCUCUAGAUCAUUUAACAUUGUGGAGGAAGGCACAACAGAUAAGUACCUCCAGUCUGUAUCUACAUCCACCACAUCUACUGAUA